CAUAUUUAUCGAUUGAUGGCAGCACUGCCACUUUCACACGUAAACAAACAAAAAACAUAACCCCAAAGGAGAAAGAUAAAAAAGGUUCAACAUCCAAAAAAAGAAAUGUCGAUAAACAGACCGAAAAAUGUUUGUGUUAUUGUUUUGGGCGACAUCGGACGAAGCCCUCGGAUGCAAUAUCACGUGAAAAGUUUAAUUCAACACAAUUACAACAUCGACUUGAUCGGUUACGUUGAAAGUGCUCCGCUGCGAGAAAUCGCACAAGAUCCGAACACAAAGAUCCACAAUCUAACACCGUUCCCAGACCUGAAUCUGCCCACUGGACUGAAAUACGUUUUCAAAACAUUUUGGCAAAUUUUGAGUCUGCUGAUUGCACUGUUUAGCAUUCGACGUCCACAGUUUGUGUUGUGUCAGAAUCCGCCAGCGAUUCCAACACUAUUCGUUUGUUACUUUUACUGUCUGUUGGUGAGAAGCAAAUUUAUUAUCGACUGGCACAACUAUACACACACCAUACUAGCACUCGGAUCGUCGCCAACGAGUCCAAUUGUAAAAUUGGCUAAAUGGAUUGAACGAAAAUUCGGACAGAAAAGCUGGGCCAAUUUGUGCGUCACCAAUGCAAUGAAGGUGGAUUUGAAAGAGAAUUGGGAUAUAUCAGCUACAGUGCUAUAUGAUCGUCCGUCACCUGCCUUUAAACCCAUCCCAGUGAUAGAGAAACAUGAAUUGUUUAAGAAACUAGCAGAAGAGUACUCCAUAUUCGCAUCAGUGGAUGCGCAUACCGAUCCACCAGUGGCAGAAUCAACUGUAUUUACUCAAAAAUUACAAACCGGUGAUGUUGUGCUGCGACCAGAUCGACCUGCUCUUCUGAUUUCAAGCACAAGCUGGACACCGGACGAAGAUUUCGGAAUUCUAUUGCGAGCGCUUGAGAGGUACGAUGUCACUGCAAGCAGUUCAUCGCAUUAUCCGAAACUUGUUUGUGUCAUCACGGGCAAAGGACCGCAAAAGGAGCAUUACCUAGAGCUCAUUUCGAAGAAAUCUUGGACGAAAGUCUCCAUUCUGACGCCAUGGUUGGAAAGUGACGAUUAUCCAAAGUUGUUGGCCAGUGCCGAUUUGGGUGUAUGUUUGCAUUGGAGCUCGAGUGGACUAGAUCUACCAAUGAAAGUCGUUGAUAUGUUUGGUUGUGGCCUACCAGUCUGUGCAAUCAAUUUCAAAUGUCUCGACGAACUGGUUCAGCACGAGAAGAAUGGAUUCGUCUUUGAAAAUGAAAAGGAAUUAGCCGAACAAUUGGUCAGCUGGUUCCACGAAUAUCCCAAAAAUAUUUCCCUGGUGAACAUCAAAGAGAUUUUCCAGCAAAAUUUACGCCAAUUUCAAAUGCUUCGAUGGAAUGAGAAUUGGAACAAAAAUGCUCUGCCUUUAUUUCGGACGGAAUGAUUAUACCAAGACUGUCGCAUUAUACCUAAAUUCUGUUGCCUUUGUUAUUUUUGCUUGAAUAAAUUUUUUUAUAUGUUCAGCAAA